CCAAGCUAGCAGCUAGCCUGCGCAGUAGCGAUGCUCGGACGGGAGAGCUGGUCAGCCUGUUUAGCUGGCGUCACGCUAUCAUAUUAACAUGCUUUAACGAGGCUAAGAGGAUCCGUUCUCCAGUUUAAUAUCGUACUGUGAAGCUAGUGAAUCCGAAAGUGUUUCCGAUGGGAGACUAUGAGAGCAGUGCUCCUGGGCGAAUAACUGUGUAUUCAAUCCAGGGUUGCCCCCACUGCACGCAGGCCAAGGCCACCCUUGCUCGCUUGGGAGUGCCUGUAUGUGACAUAGACCUCGGUAGUCAUUCAGAGCUGAGAGCAAAGGUGAAGGAGCUGACAGGACGCAGCACAGUCCCUCAGAUCUUCUUUAACAAUGUUCAUGUUGGGGGUAACGACGACCUGCAGAAACUGUCACCUGAAGAGCUUCAGAGGCUGGCAAGUCUGGUGAAGGAAGAGCCCCUUCCAGCAAAUGCACCACCUCUGCCACAACAGAGUCAGUCAGAGCAUACAGCUUUGGAGAACGAAGGAGAAUUUACGUGUGAGAGAGAUGAGUUGGCAGACCUAGUGGAAGACCUCAAACAUGCCAGCAUGAUUGGCAGUCAUAGGAGGGGGCUGACUUUAUAUAAAAAGAGCUUCUCAGGAAGUCAGCUGGUUGACUGGCUGCAAAAAGAGAAGGGCAUGGCCAGGGCUGCAGCCUGUAAUACUGGACAGGCAUUGUUGAAGAAGAAGUACAUGAUCAGAGUUCAUGGCUGUGAGCAGCAGGAUGGCAAUUUUGGCGAAGGAAAAGACACCAUGGAUGCACUGUACAGACUACUGGAGGAUGAUUCAGCUCUCAACGCAGGACAGACUGCAACCUGCAGUCCCAUGCAGGCCGCUGAGCUCUCUUUGCUUUUACGGGAGAUGAUUCUGAAAUUGUUCUCGGAGCAUCUCUCUGCCGAUGGCAAGUCUGUGGACUAUAAAGGCAUGUCAGCAAAUCCUGCUUUUGAGCGUUACUGUGAGCUAGCUAUUCAGCUGCAGAGGGUGGAGUUGCUGUCGCUUAGCAGGGAGGAGAAGCUGGCCUUCUUCAUCAAUAUCUACAAUACAUUAGUCAUCCAUGGGUACCUGCGCCUGGGGGCUCCCACCAACAUGUGGCAAAGAUACAGAUUCUUCAAUUAUGUGAGCUACCUGAUUGGAGGAGAGGUAUUCACGCUGCAGGACAUUGAGAAUGGUAUUCUUAGAGGGAACAGAAAAGGUGUCGCACAGCUUCGAAGACCCUUCUCCAAAACGGACCCACGACUUCAAGUGGCACUUCCAGAUGCUGAGCCACUGAUUCACUUUGCCUUGAACUGUGGCGCAAAGGGCUGUCCACCUAUUAAAACAUACACACCACAAGACAUUGACAGCCAGCUCCGCACAGCAGCCGAGGCCUUCCUGGAGAAUGAUGACGCCUGUGUGGUAGAUUCUGUGAAAAAAGAAGUGCACCUAAGUCAGAUAUUUAAGUGGUACAAAACUGACUUUGGAGGCACAGAUGAGAAGCUGCUGGGAUGGGUGCUGGAUCACAUGGGUGACUCACCGAAGAAGACCAGCCUGCAGGGCAUCGUUUCUGCUGGAAAGACCAAAGUCAGUUUUCUCCCUUACGACUGGAGCUCCAACAGCACCCACUGAGCUCACACACAAAUGCAUUCACACCUACCUGUAUGUACGUCUACAUGUUUUACAUCCAUUGUCUUCUGAUUGAAUCUGUACAAAAUGGAAAAACACUUAUUCUUAACCAUGCGUAUGUUUUAUACAGAACAUAAUGUAUGUCCCUGUGACAUGAGGAGCACAUUUGCACUGUAUUUUACUGCUGUCUGUUCCAGUUUUCUGCUCUCAUUGUGAGCUCCUACACCCCAUCUUUUGAUGCUGUGUAAAUACUAGAGAAUUUGGUAAGAUCAUCUCAGUAUUUUCUACACAUGAAUGGUGUACUCCAGCAGCUUGAUAGCAUCAAAUGCACACUAAACAUAUUUUAUUAUCUGUAACCAUAGUUGUGGCUCUCCUUUCCAUGUCAGCCACUCAGGAGUCAUAGAUGAUCCCAUUCCUCUCUGUCCAGCUAUUCGUGUGGUGCGUAUAAUUAUAGCAGAUGGAAACGAUAACUUGGCUUAUCAAACAUACUGCUUUUAUAAGCCAUAAGAAAACCUUUUGAACUUUAAAGAAAAACACUCAUUCAUGUGCAGCAGACUGCACCUUCUUCUCUCUGGUCCUUCAUUUAAGCAUUUUGCAACCUACAUAUUUAAAUGAUUUGAUUUUGCAUUCUGCGGGGCAAGGAAGGAUUAGCUGCUGCACCUUUUUAUCUUUUAAAUGAAAUUGAAUAUAGGUGUGGAUAUUAUAUAGUCACAACUCAGCUUGUGACUGUAGAAUCUGAAAUGCAAGGUGAAGAUUUUGUAAAUAAUGAUCCGUUUUGAGUUUAUUUGCGGUUAACAACCCCUGAGCUUUUUUUAAAGGGGACAAAUGAAAUCUGGUUGUGCUGCUCUUAUCGUCCUAGUUGGUCAGCAUAGGAUGCACUCAGUGAGUAGUUGAUUUACGUCAGCAAAGGAGCACCUUCUGUGUGCACUGUGUAGAACGCACAGACAUAUCCAGUGUCCGCUGCUUAGACUUUAUUUAAAUGUAUGGAUCAGUUUGUCUUCCUAUCAACCAUAGGUAAACUUAUUCUUCCUCUAUGCAUGUUAGCCUAUGUGGCUUUUCAACCCUCUUUUUAAUCCAGGUAUUCCACUGUAAAUUGCAGAAGUGCUAUUACUGUGUUUUGGGUUUUUUAGCACCGUUAUUUGUUUUAAAAAGAAAAUUAUGAACCAUUUAUCAAAACCAAACCCGUUCGGGAUGCACUCUGACACUUUGCAUGUUUUUUGCCAACUUAUGCUACUGAGACAUAUUUGUACUUUUUCACAAGGUCGUUGUUCUGUUUGUCUGUAUGUGAAUAAUGUGCUGUUGAUCCAGCUUUUUAUUUCAGCAUGUCUACAGAAACUGGACAAAAAAGUCUUUAGAAGUGUACAUUACCAAAAUGUACCAAAUGUACACUUGGUCAUUAAUUCAAUAGGAUAUUAGUGUAUUUAGUUUCACCUUGAACACGUUUACAAAAACUAUUCUUAUUUAGGAGUUGAGCUUUUCUUUAAACUUAGCCUUUCAAUUAAAUUUUAGUAUGGUGCUUCAUUGUACAUUGCAUAGCAGUGCAAUAACGUUCCAUUAAGUUUCUAUAAUGUGUUGUCUUAAUUAAGAUUUUCUUAUCUCAGGUCAAAGCAAAAUCUGACACCAGGUUGUUUGAUGUCAUCAGUGCAUCGUAUGCUGCAUGUUUUCUAGUCUUAGCAUUUCUGUAUAGUUUGUAUUUGUUUGCAAAAUCAUUUUCAACAUUUGAUUCCUGCACACUGCUGUGUUUUUGUUAAGGCUACAAACAGCACCAAAGCAAAUGGUUAAAUUAGCAUGUCUCAGAGCUGGAACACAUUUGCUGCAUGAGUUAGAGAAAUACCCUUCAGUCUUGAAUAGUAACUAUAACAGGACUGCCUCUGCUGGCUAGCGUGUUUUUUGUUUGUUUGUUUUUUUGUUUCCUUCCCCCAGCCUGUAUGCUUAGACGUAAAGUGUCAGAUAUCAAAGUACACAAAGUAAAAAAAAAAACACAUUUGAUAAAAGUCAGUCAUACACUGAUUACUGCAUAUAGACUUGAGGACACCAGUCUAUUUAACAGACUAGGUUUUCUUUGAACGCAGCCUUCAGCAACAAAGUGCACCUUUGGCUUUACUAUAUUAGUGUUAAGAGUGGUUGACACUUUGUGGACUAAAUUAAACAACACAAGAUUUUUAUGUUUAUGGAUGUUCCCUGUCUCCCCCCCCCCCCAAAAAAAAAAUAAAAAAUAAAAACAUACCUCAUGUAUCAGGAAGAUGUGACGCAAAAACCUUUUUUAAACAAUUCUAAUAUCACUGUUCCUCUUUCCUAGGAUUGACAAAAAAAAAUUACAUCCCUAAAUAAAUAAAUAUGCAAUGUUGACCUAUAUGCA